UCGCUUAGGCUCUAUUUCUGGAAUAUGGGGAGAUUACAUACAAUGUUAUGCAUUUGUCUCCUGCUCUUCGUGUCAAGAGUGGCGGCCAACACCUUUCCAUCGCAGUAUAAACCUCUCGAAAUUCGCUUCAAAGGUAACCGCGAAAGCAAGGGUCCAGUUGAGAUCUUCAAUGACGAUGACAUAUGGGUGCCAUUGUGCGACGACUACCUGACAGACGCGGAUAUCAAAGUUGUGUGUCGGACCCUCGGCUACGCGGGCGGUGUUCGCCAAGCUUCCGAUGCCAGUGUUGCCGAAGCCAGUGGAAGCGGCGCCAUCGACCUUGACUUUCCUGAUGAUAGACGAGUGCCUUCUUUAAAAUGCACUGGAAAUGAGACGAACCUGGCUUUCUGCCCCUACAAGAAUAUCGGCAUUCACGAGUACUGCGAUAUAUAUGAAAGUGUCACAGUCAACUGUAAAGGAAAAGCAAACGUUCGCUUGCAGGACGGCAACUCCACAGAGGGAAGGGUCGAGCUGUUCCACAAGGGUUCUUGGGGUACCGUCUGUGUGCAUAACUUCGGGAUGUCCGAAGCCAACGUCGUUUGCCGAAUGCUUGGGUUCGGGUUCGCUGAACGCUACUACGGAGCAGAGAAAUUCGGUGCGGGUACCGGAGACAUUGUGAUUGGUGGUCUAGAUUGCUCGGGAGAUGAAGUGAACAUUGAUCGGUGUUCAUCGUCUGCAUAUGGAGUCGAAAACUGCACUCACCAGGAUGAUGUUGGAGUCAGCUGUGUAGCACUUCCUGUUCGCCUUGAAGACGGGUCUUCACCCAAUGAGGGUCGCGUUGAGGUGUACUACAACGGUGCAUGGGGUACUGUUUGCGACGAUGAAUGGGAUACGGAAAACGCCCAAGUCGUCUGCCGAAUGAUCGGCUAUCAGGGGGUCAUCAGGUCGUACAGUAGGGCGUUUUUCGGUGAAGGGCAGGGCGAUAUCGUCCUCGACAACUCCCAGUGCAGCGGAGAUGAAAGGCACAUCGCUCUCUGCGGAAAUCCGAAAUAUUUGAGUCAUAACUGUGGACAUCAUGAAGACGCCGGUGUAGUCUGCUCUGGACCAGCUACAGCGAAUAUACGACUUGUUGAUGGGCCUGAUCCUAGCCAGGGUCGUCUCGAACUGUACCUGUUGGGGGCCUGGGGCACUGCCUGCCGGAAAGACUGGACACACAUCGACUCUUCCGUGGCGUGUCGCAAGCUUGGCUACUUCGGUGCUGCGGAUACCUUAUCGCCACCAACUACCUAUGGGAAUGGGACGGGAAUGGUGUUGCUACGGGAACCCCGCUGCAAGGGCAAGGAAGCAGAUCUCUUGCAGUGUAAUGUUUCUUACCCCAUAGGCGUCACCGACUGCACGCAUGAUGAUGAUGUUUGGAUUAGCUGUCUGCAAAAAGAAAACCUUGAAGUACGUCUUGUCGGCGGACCUGCUCCUGAUGAAGGACGUGUCGAGGUGCAACACCGGGGCCAUUGGGGGACCGUUUGUGAUGACAACUGGGAUAUCCUGGACUCGCACGUCGUGUGCAGGAUGCUCGGCUUCAGUGCCGCAAGGGACUACUCUUGCUGCGGACGUUACGGUAGGGGUUCAGAGUACAUGUACAUUCUCUUGGAUGAAGUGCAGUGCAGCGGAACAGAAGAGAACCUUGGACACUGCAUGCGGCAGGACUACGGGGCCCACGACUGCGACCAUUCGGAGGAUGUUGGGGUUUCCUGUAUAAGUUAUGAAUCGACCACCUCCUUACAAGAUGUCCAAAGUACGCCUACAUCUGAACCUCGCGUGAGCGAACACUCGACGGCCCUAUCGUCAACGUUGAUAGGUACUGUUGUAUUAUUUUUAUUGCUUUUCCUGAUUGCCCUCGCUGGUUUGGUCUAUGAAAGGUCCAGAGAAUUACAUUACAAGAAAAUGAUGAUAAUGGCACAAAGGGAUCUGAAUCUCCAACCUGUAUCGCGGAAGGGGGAGUCGUCAAACAAUAGCUACGCCAAAUCCUUCACCGGAAGUCACCGCGACCGGACGGAAACCAGUCCUGGUCCGAGCUGCAGCCAGGAAGCUUCGGCCUCCGCCAACGGACAAACCAAUCAUACCGUGUACGAGGUUGACAGCACCGACAAGGAGGUUGAAAAGCUCCUUUCUGUCACAUCUAAGACUGACCCAUCUCCACCGGAGCUACCCAAGAGGGAUCCGCCACCACGACCUGACUCACCAGCAACCUACGAGUGUCCUCUGGAUGUUUACGAGCCUCCUUCGGACUAUGAAGAUGUCUUGACUGCUACGUGUAAAACUAAUGUCUAGAUAUAUAUCCCAGAAGGAAAUGUUGCAUUGAUCAGCAUUAAACGAAUACUUGUUUUGUGCAUGUAACUCUGUCAUGUGAUGUCCAUGCCUUAAAACGCUGUUUUAGAUUUUAAGCAAGUUGUUUAAGUCACGCUCACAACAAGUUCUUUCAUCUUUAAACGAUUGUUUUUUUUAAUUAUUUAAUCUUCCUUUAACAACUUGCUUAGAACUUUAAACAAUAGUUGUUGGAGUGACAGGCUGACAUGCAACGUGCCUGUAUUUUUAAACAGCCUGUUUAGGCAUACACAUUGCAUGACAGAGGUGCACACUGUACAACGCAAUGUCUCCAGCAUAGCGGACUGAAUAAAACUUAAAUUUGCUGGGAAAUAAUGGAAAUUCUUAAUGCAAAAUUUACGUGGUUCAUAUUCAGUAUGUCAAUACUGUCUUGCUUAUAAUAUUAUCGAAGAAUCGUCAGUUUUGUAUAUUAAAGAAACAUUUUUGUACACUUAUGAAUAAUCCAGAUAACAACAUAACGUGACUAAGGAAAGGCAAGAUAUUUAUAACCAGAUGAAAUUGUACACUGUUUGAUAUCCAUUUAAUCAGUAUUUACUUUUUAUCAUGUAAUAUUGUAUUGGUCAUACCGUUAUCCAAAGUUAUAUUUACAGGCAAUUAAGAUCAUAAAGUAUGUCACAAGGAAGGGAACGGAUGCACCAGAUCAUUUAUUUAUUUGAAGCUUUGUAAAAUUAAUGAUAGAUUUUUAAAUUUUCAUUUUCAGCAUUAAAAAAAUCGAUUUUUCUUAUUUAUUCUGAUACUUAAUUAUUAUAUGAAAGGUUGGCGCAUAGAUGACCAAGAAUUGUUUGAAAAUUUCAAUUUCAAAUCAAGUUGGGUAGAAAAAUAGGUCCUUAAUUAGUAAGGAUACGACGACCUGGUGUGAGCAAGAGAUGCCUAUUUAGCAUUUAUUUCGUAUUCUUAGCUUAGAGUUCAACUAAUCUCGAAUUUGAGAGUGGAUCUGGAUUCACACUCGAGUGUCCGCGCAAAAUAGUACCCAGUAGUUAUGAGAGACUUUUCGCAAUUGCAGCCUGGACUGGCUCAAGAACACAGCAAAUGCAUUGAAAAUACCCGUCAAAGAACAAUCAACGGCUGGGAGGUCUUGUCGAAAAUUGAUGAACUGGAACAGCAGUUUCUGAGGUGAUCAAAGAUUGCAAAUAUGUAUGUCGUUUGCCCAGAGUCACGACGAAACAGUCGCUCUGAUUCACCAAAUAUCGACAAAGACUGCUUUGUUAUGAAGGGCGCAUUUGACAAUAGAUGUCCUAUCUUCUCGAAGGCGUCAUGCGCCGUGGAGGCAAAAACUAUCUACUUAUAUGCUUUAGUAUUUGUUAUUUGUAAUCUGCCAUUCUUCAAUUAUUUUGUUCGUUAAAAAAAUUGACUUUAAAUCAUCGAAGCUAUAAUACUAUUAGUGUAGAAUCUGUUAUAAAAACGUAUUUAGUCAUUGUUAUAUUUAUAUAUGUAAACGGAUUUAGUUUCACAUUUCUUGCCGGGGCACUGUAAAAACUAUUGGGUAAAAUUUUAACCAGCACGAGGGUACUUAUGAGUCCAACCAAUUUGUGGCAAUAUUUUACCUAUUGCGGGAAGCAUUUAGUCCAUUAAGGUUAAAAAAAUAGCAGCAAUUACUUUAGAAUGGGCAAAAUUUUCGUCACACUGGAUAAAUAAAAAUGCCCAAAAGAAAUGCCCAAUGUUGGUUGGACACAUGAUUACCCUCAUGGAGCAUUUUAUCCAAUAUUUUUUAGAGGGAGGGGGGGGGGGCGCCCUGGGACGCCCUGGACAACCGACAUUCAUCGCCCAUCUCUACUAUGUGUGAUAUUAAAAAUGUCAACCAUGAAUUUAGAUGAAUUACAUUUAUAUUACAACAGAGACAUGUGGGUUUGUGAACAACUUCAUGCUACUGUCUGACUGUAGUCAAUUUAGUAUGCUUAUAACUAAAUAAUAAAUCACCAUGGAAGGUGAUGGAAAAAAGUGUAACUUCCAAGGUACAUUGAUGUAUGUAUGUAGUUGGCUAUGCAUCAGAAGUUGGGGAAAUAUAAUGAUCACAUUCAGCUCGCCGUGAAAGUGAUACAUGCACAAAAAAAUGAUAUUUUAAAUCAACUGAAAGGUUUGAGAAGUGACAACCUUUGCUAAAUGUUGCAUUUUACAAUUUUAAAUGGUUCGAUCCAACACAUAAACACUUGGAUCUAGCAUAAUGAAAGAUUGGAUAUAAUAAUUGUUUGCAAAAGGUAUAUAAUCCUUCAACCUUUCAACUGUUGAUAUAACAUAAUUUGUUUGCAUCAUCACCUGAAAUGGGCGAUUCUAAGGUUUGUCUACUACUUCUGGCAUUAGGAAAUACAUCAUCCCUUUCUCACUUUCAAUACCCUUCUCUUUAUUAUAUACUUUAUGUAUACCUAUCAUGCCCAUGCGUUAUUUAGAUGUGGAUUUGGUACAAUGGCAUCUCCUUUUUCCAGCAGACAUUUAUAAUGCUCCGCCAACAUAAGUAAAACUUAUGCCUUUUCUCCCUUGCACUUUUUCUUUAUUUCAGAAAUUGCAU